AUGGAGGCUCCCGCGGCGAAGCGAAGCCCUGUGCGCGAUCCGCCUGAAAACCCGCGGAAGCGCCGCCGCCGAUCACGCUUCGCCUCCUCCGUCCCAUCGCCCUCCACGGACGCCGCCCCAUCGCACGCCAAAGACGCCAACCCUCCCUCGGCCCCCGCUGCACCCUCCAAACCGCCGCCGCCCCCGAAUGCCUCCGUGGCCGCGUUGCGCGCCCGCCUGCCGCGUCCCGCGGCCGCGCCGCCGUCCGAUGCGCCGCAGCUGAACCAGGCCCCCACGCCGAAGCGGCGGCGCACGGGCCGCUCGCGCUUUUCUCAGCUGCAGUCGCCCGCGGCCCGCCGGCACGUCGCUCAGGUCGUCCCGCCGCCCGCCGUGCCGAAGCUCCCGCUCGACGUCACGGCCAUUCCCGUCGCCCCGGUGUCCACGUUGCGGAUUAACCGCGAUGCGCAGAAGCAGCGGAAACUCGCCUCCGUGCUGAAAGUGUCCUCGGCGGAUCUUCUCGAGACGGAUCCCGAAUUGAACCCGUAUUACGACGCGUCCAUUGCCAAGCCGGCAAACGCGGUGCGUCAGCCGCGGAAGGAAUUCGUGUUUAUUCCCCAGGGUGAUAUCGUGGCGAAGGCCGGGAAGAAGCGGGAAGAGGCACAGGUCCAGGCGAAGGUGGCUCACUAUCGUGCUCAGUUGAUAUCAAAGGAGCGUCAGGAGUCAAACCUUCCUGUUCUUCCUCCCCACAUUGAUGACUUGAGAGCGAGUCACCAAGUGCGGGAGGUUCCUCAAUGGGAGUGGUGGGACCUGCCCUUUCUGGCAAAUCGGAAAGAAGCUGCCGCUGCAAUGGAUAAGCUCGUUGAGCGAAAAGAACAAAAGCAGGAUGCAGACAGUGAUGCCAUGGACUUGGACUGCAAAAUCGAACUGAAAACGGAUAGAGUCACGCAUUAUAUUCAUCAUCCACCUCCCAUUGAAUCAACAAGACCGAAGAAGCCUCCUCCAGCGUUGCCUCUGAUGCUGACGAAGAAGGAGACGAAGAAGCUUCGCAGAAAGAGACGAAUGGAAGCUCAGAAAGAGCAACAAGAGAUGGUUGCCGUCGGCUUGCUCCCACCUCCGAAGCCGAAGGUGAAGCUCAGCAAUCUGGUGCGUGUGCUAGCGAACGAGGCGAGUGCGGACCCAACAAAAGUUGAAGAAGAGGUUCGCGCACAAGUUGAAGCUCGAAGACGCAAACAUGAAAUGGAAAACGAGGCGCGGAAGAAAACGAAAGAAGAACGACGAGAAAAGGUACAUACGAAGAUUGCAAAAGAUAGAGAAGCUGGGAUGCACGCAGCCGUCUUCCGCAUAACGGAUAUGCGGAACCCGCAGCAUCGCUUUAAGAUUGACAUCAAUGCGAGGCAAUGGGAAAUGACGGGUACGCUUUUAAGUUUUGGUGGAUGCAAUGUGGUGGUUGCUGAAGGAGGUCUGAAAGCUCUGCGCAAGUACAAAAAGUUGAUGCUUAGAAGGAUUGACUGGAAUGCCAAACGGGAAGCUGAGGGCAAUGUCGAAAAGGAGACCAACCAGGAACCUUCCGCAGAGGACCACGGAAAUAAUAGAGACAAUUCGUGUCUUCUCGUUUGGGAGGGCCCGAUCGCCUCGAACGCGUUUAAAGAAUUCAACAUAACGAGUGCAAGAACACAAAGAGAGUGUAGGUAUCAUUUCCGAAAGCAUGGCGUCGAGCAUUACUGGGACUUGUGUACCCAAGGCACACCACUGGGGAAUGAAAACCUUGGCGUGAAGCAAAUUGAAUAG